CUAAAAAACUAGAAUUAGCGGCUAUCUCCGAUUGAAUCAAGUGAAAAUGCAGAUCUUCGUGAAAACCCUAACCGGGAAAACGAUAACGCUCGAGGUCGAAUCGAGCGACACUAUUGACAAUGUCAAGGCUAAAAUUCAAGACAAGGAAGGGAUUCCACCGGAUCAGCAGCGUCUGAUUUUUGCUGGGAAGCAGCUUGAAGAUGGCCGGACACUCGCAGAUUACAAUAUUCAGAAAGAGUCGACAUUGCAUCUGGUUUUGAGGCUUCGUGGAGGGAUUAUCGAGCCUUCUUUGAUGGCUUUGGCUAGGAAGUACAACCAAGAUAAGACCAUCUGCCGCAAAUGUUAUGCACGCCUGCAUCCACGUGCUGUCAACUGUAGAAAGAAGAAAUGUGGCCACAGCAACCAGUUGAGGCCAAAGAAGAAGAUCAAGUAGACAUUUUAUAUUACGUUUUUCAAGUUGAGAAAUUUUGCUUGUAGAAGCCUCGAUGAAAAAAAUUCCUCCCCAUUUUCUACUUAUUGCAUUGGCCUAUAAUGGUAUAUGGACCAAUUAUUGUGUUUUUAUUGGUAAUGCCAGAAUGUCUUCCGGAUUUUUAUGAUUUUGAAAUAUGUGCGUUAUUUUUAGUGAUUUCAUUGUUAUGUGUAUGAA